GCCCCUCAGGUGAUUGCCAGGUGGCGCGGUCACGUGACGCGCGGAACAGCGUUGCUGUAGGGACCGGGCGGCGCGCGCGGGACGCUGUCGGCGCCGCGGAGCGGAGCGGGUCGGGUGGUAUGGGGCGCACGGAUGUGCUGUGGGUCUGUAUCCUGCUGGGCUGCAGCUGGGGACCCGGGCCUCCCGGGAUCGCUACCGCGGCGUAUUUGACGGCCACCUACAUGCUGGACGAUGCCGGCGGGCUGGGAAGGCAGUUCGACGGGAUCGGGGCUGUCAGCGGCGGCGGGGCCACAUCUAGGCUUCUGGUGAACUACCAAGAGCCUUAUCGCUCCCAGAUUUUAGAUUAUCUGUUCAAGCCGAAUUUUGGUGCUUCUUUACAUAUCCUCAAAGUAGAGAUUGGAGGUGAUGGGCAAUCAACAGAUGGUACAGAACCCUCCCAUAUGCACUAUGAAAAUGAUGAGAACUACUUCCGAGGCUAUGAAUGGUGGCUGAUGAAAGAAGCUAAAAAGAGGAACCCCAAAAUUAAACUGAUUGGGUUACCUUGGACGUUUCCAGGAUGGAUAGGGAGGGGCGAAAACUGGCCCUAUGACUAUCCUGAUGUCACUGCUUACUAUGUUGUUUCUUGGAUAUUAGGAGCUAAACAGUAUCAUAAUUUGGACAUUGACUACAUUGGGAUAUGGAAUGAAAGGGCAUUUAAUAGCAAGUAUAUAAAGCUGUUGAGGUACACACUGGAUAAGCAUGGUCUGCAGCAGGUGAGGAUCAUAGCCAGCGACAGACUGUGGGAGCCCAUUUCCUUUGUCUUGCUGCUUGACUCUGAGCUCCAUGAAGUGGUCGAUGUGAUUGGGGCUCACUAUCCUGGAACAAAAACGGUGCCAAAUGCUUUAUUAACCAAGAAGAAACUGUGGUCUUCAGAAGAUUACAGUACUUUUAAUGAUGAAGUAGGAGCAGGCUGCUGGGCUCGGAUCCUGAACCAAAACUACGUGAAUGGGAACAUGACCUCAACCAUUGCAUGGAACUUGGUGGCCAGUUACUAUGAAGAGUUGCCCUUUGGUCGGUGCGGAUUAAUGACAGCACAAGAGCCAUGGAGUGGCCAUUACAAAGUAGAAGCUCCUAUAUGGAUUACAGCACACACAACACAAUUUACUCAGCCAGGCUGGUCUUACUUGCAAGUGGAUGGACAUUUAGAAGGAGGUGGUAGUUUUGUAGCUUUGACAGAUGGCCUAGGAAACCUUACCAUCAUCAUUGAAACUAUGACUCAUAAUCACUCUCAAUGUAUCAGGCCUCCACUGCCUCAUUACAGCGUGACACCUCAAAGAGCAACUUUCUACCUCAAAGGGUCAUUUUAUAUGGUGGAAACCCUUCAAGUGUGGCAUUCUAGACUUUCUUUUGAAUCUGGAAAAUCUAUUCUUUUCCAGCAACUCCAUCCUGUAAAGGUGGGGAAGGGAAUUUUUUCUUUAGAUCUAAAAGUGGAUGAAGUCUACACUUUAACCACACUGAAGACAGGAAAAAAAUGCGGAUGUCCAGAGCCUCCACCACCUCAUCCCUUUCCUUCAAAUUACAAAGAUGAUUUCAAUAUUCGUAAUCCACCUUUCAGUGAAGCCCCAAAUUUUGCAGAUCAGACAGGUGUAUUUGAAUACUUCAUAAAUGCUUCUGACCCAGGAGAUCAUGUGUUCACCCUGCGCCAGGUGGUGGUCCAGCGACCUGUUACUUGGGUUUCUGAUGCAGACCAGACCAUCAGUAUCAUAGGAAAUUUUCAGUGGAUAAACCUGACAGCACUUGUGACGAUCUACAUAGAAAAACAAACUAUGAUGGGGAUGUAUUUAUUGGCAGGAAGAGUUGAACGAAUGUGGGGAUAUGAUGUUCGACAAACCAAAGGAAUUUUCUUCUGGGUUUUUGCAGAUGGUACCUACAGAAUCACUGGUGACCUAGCUGGAAAAGAAGUAUUAAUGAAAGGACUGGCUGGUGUUCGGGAUAAUGCUUGGCACACGCUUACUCUCAACAUUCAGGGCUCUUCUGCAUCAGGACUGUUAAAUGGUUACCCACUCUGGGACAAUGUCACCAUUUCUAAACCAAGUAAUGGCUGGGCUGCUAUUGGAACUCGCUCGUUUGAGUUUGCACAGUUUGACAACUUUCAUGUUGAAGCCAGCUGAGGUGGCUCCUGCAUUUGGAGAACACAGUUCUUGUAUUACUUCAAAUCAGAGCGAGCUGAAACUCUGAGGGCAGCUUAAUGCUAUGCUGAGAUUGCUCUGUUGGCAAGGAACCAAAUUCUGUCCUUUUUAUUUGUUUAUGGUUUACUUGAGUAGGUAUUGACUGCAACUUUAUCCCCUGGUUGCUAUGGGAUUUUUGCUAUGAUUUUUGGGGAUAAAUUUUAGUUCAAGGUAAUGAUGGAAAUAAAAUCAUUAAUUUAAAUCUCUUAAUUAAUAACAUCUUAAUUUCCCAGCUCACUUUUAAGAUAACUUUAGAAGUUAACAGAAGUCAGAGGCAUCUCGAGCUGCAUUUUUAACACUUACAUGAUUGUGUCCAUUCCUUUCACUCAAAGAGAGAAUCAGAUGCCAGUAAUCCUUAUGAGCCAGUGGCCCCAUACUUUUUUUGUAGUGCUGUCAUUCUCAAAUUUCAUUUUGGAUGAAGUACCUAGUUUUUCUGUAGUAAAAAAAAAAAAAA